AUGACUACACGCUCACCGGAAAACCCAAUCGAGGUGCUGCUGGUUGAGGACAACCCCGCGGACGCCAGGCUGACGGAAGAGAUUCUGAAGGACUCGGCGUACGCCGUGAAUCUUUCGGUGGUCGAGGACGGAGAGGACGCAAUGACCUAUCUCCGCCGCCAGGGUGAGUACGCGUACACUCCCCGGCCCGACCUGGUCCUGCUGGACCUGAUGCUGCCCCGAAAAAGCGGCCAGGAAGUCCUCACCGAGAUCAAUCAGGACCCCAAUUUACGGAACAUUCCGAUCAUGAUCUUGACCGGGACGGCGGCGGAACAGAGCAUUCUCUGGCAGCACAACAUCUCCCCGGGAAGGUUCUGUCGCAAGCCCAUCGAGGUGCAUCGAUUCGACUCGGCCGUGGCACAGCUUGAUUCGCUCAGCGAGCGUCCCCUGGUCAUGGCAACCCCGCCGGCGGAGCCACAAUCGAACCGGAAGUGGUGGUGGCCCUUCGGGCGUUAG